AUUCAGCGGUUGCAAUCUUCUUGAAUGACUGGGUUGAAUAAUGUAAUGAAUAUCAUUGAAUGAAUAGUGAUUCUCGAGUCUUGAUUGGAAGUUUAAUCUAAAGUUUUGUUCGUUGUUCAAAAAUGGUAUUCAAUUUUCCUGCAUUCUCAUAUAUAAUUGCAUUGAUUAUUGAUGCAUUUUUAAUAUUCUUCGCAAUAUUUCACGUGAUUGCAUUUGAUGAGCUGAGAAAAGAUUACAAAAAUCCGAUCGACCAAUGCAACAGUCUCAAUCCUCUUGUCAUCCCAGAGUAUUUGCUACAUAUCCUAUUUAACAUCUUGUUUGUAUUCUCCGGUCAAUGGUUCUCACUCUGUCUCAACAUUCCUCUCAUUGCCUACCACAUCAACAGGUAUCGCAGUCGCCCAGUAAUGUCAGGUCCGGGCCUGUACGACCCCACCAGCAUCAUGAACGCUGAUACCCUCAUAAAGUGUCAGAGAGAAGGUUGGAUCAAACUUGCCUUUUAUCUCCUUUCUUUCUUCUACUACUUAUAUGGGAUGAUCCAUUCCCUGAUUUCGGUGUCGUAAUUGAACAAGUUGUUCAUUACAACUGAGGAGCCUGCUGCGUGGCUCUUGUCCUGGGUUGUGUCUCGAUCAGAUUACAUUAAUCUUGUUUGAUACUGACUAUCCGUUAUCUUGGAUGUUCACUGUGUUGCCAAAACACCUAUUGUAGUCAUUAUUUUAAGAGCUAGUUUAGUUUAUAAUACCUUGAUGUAUUAUUUAAGUUAACCACUCAAUCAAUAUUUUCUUUACAAAGACUGUAGGGUUUCAUUUUGUUAUGAAAUCAUUUUAUUAUUUUAUAAAUGAAAAUUAUUAAAAUUUAUUUUCCUAGAGCUAAUUGUAUCAAAUGCGAUAAUUCAUUAUUUUAAUUUCUUGUCAUUUGUAAAAUGAAACUAAUGUGACACCCUUAUUUUUUGUUAAAUCCUACAUUCAAGUAAAACUGUGAA